ACUGCUAUUAUUGACACAAGCCUAAAAUUCCCAUUACUUGAAAUUCUUAUCGAGUUCUUAUACUUAACUUCCAGUAACUACAACAACUUCUAAUGUGAAAAAGACCUUUAGUUGGAUCUGUUUCUACUAAGUUCAAGUGGAAGGGUGUAAUAUAAUUGAGCCCAAAAGUUAGACUGUAAGGGCAAUUAUAACAAUUCCUGGUAGUUAAAAUAGAUGACCGAAGCAUGCCCAACAGUUAAUAUUGGCACCUAAAACCAUUCUAAUUGAUAGAUCAAUCACUCAUGAAGUUGCAUGUAUGUAGUUAAUAUCAGCUCUGUCUGAAGUUUUCCUGGUAGCUUUAACUCGCAAUAUGUCUUGCCGGUCUUAGCCACCCAUUCAACCACGUUUACCAAUGACUCCAACACCCAAUCAUAAGGUUAAAACGAAAUCACAUAAUGAAGCAGGGAAUAUUUUUCUAUGAUAGAAGCAUCAAACCUGUAGGUGGCUUAAUGAAGAAGAACAUCUUUCCGGUUCAUUACUCUUUGUCUGACACUAUUAAUUUUCACAUCACAUACCUCUUGCUAAAUUUUCUUCAGCUACCUGACAUCUUCCCAGUCUCUUGUACGACUUCCUUAGGUGGAUACUGCUCAGUUACCAUCUUCAACGGUACAGGAUUCCUGCAAUGGAUACCCAAACAGCAGAUCCCGCACAACAAUUUCCACCAAAGAAGUGUCCAGCCCCAUAGACCUGAUGUGCCCGACCAUCUCACAAUUGCGGAUUCAAUAUCUGAGAAAAAAAUGGGAACAACUGAGAGACCAACUUUAUGGAGGAGUUCUCAAUCAUCCCAUAAACACAGAAUGACUCCGCAUAUAUUUGUUACUGUAUCAAUUAUAAAUUAUAAUAUUACAUGUAUUAUCUCUUCUGAUGACCAGACCAGAAUUCAACUAUAGCUAUUAUGGGAGUUACAAAGCUGGAAGCGAACAAGCUAAAUAUCCUCAAGGUAGCAACAAUCACGACACAAAGUAGCAGUAUAUUGAGGAAAUGAAAAACCCUGCUAUUUUUACA